CUGGGAGCGGAAACAUGAGCUGCCGGGCACUGCCGUGAAGGGGGUUUCCUGCUUGCGGGGCCUAGCCGCGCGCGGGAAGUGGCUGAUAACGGGCCCGAGCCUGCACAUGUCCAGGCGGGAGCAGGCGCACGGGGCUUGCUGGGGCUUGUAGUUCCACGCCGCGCUUGCUCCUGGUUAUCUGUCGCUUGUGCUCUUUUAGGGGAUUACUGGCCGGAAUCCCUACCCCUUGAAGGCUCCUUCCCCACACAUUUAAGGAGAACUCCUCCUCCUUAGACUGUGGGCGACGCUUGUGUAGAUGAAUAUUUGCACCUGUUAUGUACACAGUGCAUCUCUUGGGGGUGUUGGGUGAUGUUCACAUGUUCAGGAUUCUGAUGCUCUAUUUACAUCCUGUAGAUCUUUUGUCUUCAGCAUGGGGAGAAUGAGAAGUGCCUGUUAUCCUUGUGGAUUCCACUCGGAGACUGAUGGAUGGCACCUCCUCACCACUGACCGCCUCUGGUUUCUGUCACGGUCCCUCCGAUACUUACAGUAUGAUCCAAAGCAGAUAAUACUAUGGGUUCUAACAGAUUGACCGCAAGGGAGCUGUGUGAAAAUGAUGACUUGGCCACUAGUUUGGUGCUUGAUCCAUACCUAGGAUUCAGAACACACAAAAUGAACGUAAGUCCUUUGCCUUCUAUAAGGAGACGGCAUCACUUACGGGAGGCACUGCAUACAUUCCGAAAGAAGAAAGACUUGGAGGCGGCCUUCUAUUCGCUCGUAACUGGGGCUAACCAUUACCUCAAACACCGGACCCCGCAGCAGGAAGCCAUGCUAAAGACACAUAUAUUCCGAUAUCUGCGAAUGUUCCUACCAGAAUGUGGCUUCAUGAUAAAAUCUUGCAAUCGGUACUCCUUGGAAAAAAAUGGAGCCAAAGUUGUUGCUACAAAACCUUGGGUGAAGAAUGAAAAAAUAGCAUUGCUUGUAGGCUGCAUAGCUGAGCUGACCAAAGCUGAUGAGAGUCUUCUUCGCUUUGGGGAAAACGACUUUAGUGUAAUGUACUCUACUAGAAAGAGAUGUGCUCAGCUUUGGCUUGGUCCUGCAGCAUUCAUUAAUCAUGACUGCCGACCUAACUGCAAGUUUGUUCCAGCUGAUGGAAACGCGGCUUGUGUGAAAGUUCUCAGGGACAUCAGACCAGAAGAAGAAAUCACGUGCUUCUAUGGAGACAGUUUUUUUGGAGAGAAAAAUGAGAUGUGUGAGUGCUGCACUUGUGAGAGAAAAGGAGGAGGAGCUUUCCGGUUGCAAAAAAAAGAACCUUCUGAAUCUACCUCAUUGGAGAAAUACCAGUUCAGAGAGACAGAUGGCCGUCUGCAAAGGCUGAUCGUUCAAAGUGACAGACAAAGCCACAAUGGAGCUUCUAGGAAGAAGAAGCGGAUCUCUGCCUCCAGGUCACCCAUCGGUCUCAAAAAGAGCACUUUUUCCUCAAGUCUCAGGUCAUCGUCUUCAUCUCCAUAUUUCCACACUACUUUUUAUAAUAAAUCAAAACAUCUUAAAACGAUGAAGCCUACAUUGCCCCAAGGGACCAUUGUAAAGGAUGUGCGUAUUGUCCUACAUGACUUCAGAAAUUGUCGUCCAGGAUACCCAGUUUCAGGGACACAAGGUCAUAGCCAGUGUUGUAAACUUGGAAAGGAAGUAGCAGUAAGACUCAGAAGACAAAAUAUCAGUCCUGGCAAGAUUUUAUUAGCUGCAGGCUUGCGCACAGUCCACCAACCAGAUAACUGUUCAUCUCCGUCAUCUCAGCCAGCUAGAAAAGUUGCUUUGGUUAACAAUGUAAAAGAUUGUUCUUUGAAUCACGUGUCUUAUAAUGAUCAUUCAGAAGAGGAACUUUUAGUGGAACAUUAUGAGAGCACCCCAACCUGCAGUGGUCUGCAAUCUAGUACACAGAUAACCAAUGCUCUUGCCUCCCAAGUGGUGGAGAACCUUGCAUCAAGUCCCAUAGAGUCUCACAACAGUCAGAGCCUUGAUGUUGAUCCCUCUUUGGGUCAUCUGCAUCCUAAUGCUGUUGUGUCCCCUGUAGCUUGUAAUAGCUCACAUUCAGAAAUGUUACACAUCCAGGAGGCAGAGGACCUCUCACCAGCGGCAUCUGUACCUGAAAAUACAGCAAGUGUCAAUAACAGUCCUGGCUCCUUCAUAAUUCAGUCUGAUCUUUUUUCACCUCAAAAGCAAGGACUGACUCAUUAUAUCACUGUAAAUCUGAGCAAAUCAAGAGUUGCAUUGCCUGACAACAUGAGUACGCCAAGCCCACAUAAGUCCAAAAGGAAACCUAGUUCUGGAAACGCAUAUGAACAACUAAAAACGGAAACAACCACGUUAGUUACUACUGCACACAGUACUCCCAUUGAGCAAGCCAGUACAAAUGGGGCAUCAAAACCCCUAACUAGGUCAUAUGCAAGUAAGGCAUCGUCAUUAGGAUCCACACCAGAGGAUUUCAAGGAUAAGAAAAGCCUCCUCACACCACAGAAGGUACACUUUAAUAGUCAUUCAAGAGCAACAAAUGAAGCUGCAAAUGCUAGACCUCAGAAACGUCUGUCUGCUCCGCACAAGCUGUUCACUGUCGAAAUGCAGUUAGAUCCUAAGUUAUCUUUAAAGCCAUACGUAGAACUGGGUUUUAACAAUAAUCUCAAAAGGAGGUAUUCUGUUACAGGAGCACACGAGUGCCUGACGCCAGUAAGAGAGGAGACUGUGGAUACCUUGUAUACCUCACAGGAAUUUUUGACUAGUGAAGGCAAGAAGAAAAACGUGGCUUUCAAUCCCUUUAAACCCUCCAAAAGACUCCGCCUUGUAGUCACCAAUGGAUCUAUCAAUCUGGACAUUGCGUCCACGUCAAGUGAUGAAUCCAACUGAGUGUCCGCCCAUUGUCUACAUCAUUCCCUUCUUGCGUUAAUGAUUCCAAAGCAUUGCUUAGAGCAGUGGUGGAAUAAAGUUUGAGGGUACCAUGGGCCCCACUUCUAGAUUUUAUUUUUACUAGUAGCGACUUGAGCUCUCCUGAGAGUGAUUUACACACCAGUUUGCCUUAGUCUCCAAAGCAGGUGGAAUCUAAAGUUCCCUAAGAUCCGUCUACCCCAAUUCUAAAAGUGAAUCCUUUUGCUGUUCAUCAUGAAACCUGUUUCUUUCCAGAUUAUUCUGAUUUUAGUCAGGUAUUAUGCACUCCCAUCAGUUUCUGUACGUUUUCUUGCGUUUAAUAUUUAUGGUGCUAUGUCAUUAUCUGGAAAAGUAUUUUCCCUUCAGGAUCUAAAAGAUAUUUUUUUUUAUAAUCAUUUUGCCACUUAUCGGUUUUGUAUGUCAUUACCUAAAACAUUUCUGUAUUGUAUAAGGCAUUGUUUGUAGUACAAAAUGAGGAGAAUACAAAAAACUUUGCUGCUGCUUAUAGUUUGGUACAUCUCAUGGCCUAAACAGGAAAUGUGGAAAAGGAGAGUGGGGGAAAAAGCUGUGUAACUCUUAAAGGGGUUUUCUCAUGAUUAAUGUAAAAUUUAAUUAUAGUAGCGAUAUCAUAGUACAUUACAAUAUCUUUCUAACAAAACAGCCUUGUACCUCACAUGGAUCCAGAGAUCUCCCCAUUCUUUGCUCUGCUAGAUUUAUUUCAAGCUGACAGCUCAGGGGGAUGUGUCCUGUCUGCUGCAGCUGGUGGCAGUUGAA